CAAAAAUUGUGAACCAAAAAAAAAAGAAAUGCCAAAAGAUAGAAUCAGAUCAAUUACUCAAAGAUAAGAAUGGUUUAAAAGCAAAAAAGAAAUUUAGUUAAGGCCAUGAAUGGUGACAUAGACCGCACAAACUGCUUAAAUUGAAGAGACGACUAUGUGCGUAAAACGAAGAGACUCAAAACAAUUUUGGGAUUCGUGAGAGAUAUUGAUUCGCUGCAAUGGAAGAAUCUGUUCAUCAAUCGAUACGAUUCGGCUCAGUUGCAGAUUUAAUCAUGUGGAAGAAUCGACGCGGAGGGUUUCUUCUACUUGGAUCAACGACAUUGUUAUGGUUCCUCUUUGAGAAAUGUGGAUACAGUUUCUUCCCCUUUGUUGUUAAUACUCAGCUUCUCUCCGUCGUUAUACUCUUCCUCUGGGCCAAAUCUGCUAUUCUCUUCAAUAGGCCUAUGCCUCAACUACCUAAUCUUGAAAUCACUGAGGAAUUUGUGUUUAUGGUGGCUGAUGCUAUACGAGUCUGGAUUAAUACCGUGCUCGCUGUUGCUCGUGAGAUUUACGUGGGAAGAAAUGCAAAGCAACUCUUUCGGGUGAGUGUUGUGUUGUGGACAGUAUCAUUUGUUGGAAAUUUCUUAAACUUCCUCACAAUACUCUAUCUUGGUGUUGUUCUGAGUCUGUUGAUUCCCUUUUUGUACGAGAGAUACCAGGAUCUUAUUGACGAGAAGCUAUCUUUAACUCAUCGAGUCAUUCAGACACAGUACAGGAAGAUCGAUGAAAGAUUACUACAGAAGAUUAUUGCUAAGCCCACAAAUAAGAUAAAGAAGAUGCAAUAGUGAAAGAAAACAAGACAGAAUUGGACUGAGUGGGAAGGUAAAACUAAGUAAAGAGUGCAACAGGCGACGUAACUAGCUAUGAUUGUAGAUGAAUUAGAGAAGUUGAGACUUGAGUGUGGUUUUGUCAUGAACCAACCCUUCAUUUGAUUCUCUCUUUAUAUAGACACUGUGGAUAGAGAAGUCCAUGUCUGUGUAACUUCAGGAACUAAAUGUGAUUCUAAUCAGCGUAUUGGGGCAGCUUCGGGCUAGCAAAUGGUUUUAAGCUCGAGACUAGUGCUUGAAAUUUAUAUGGAGACAAUAAAAAAACAAGUUAGUCUCUUAUGUGAUUUACGAGAUACUGGAAUUGAAAGAAUGAAAAAUGUUCUUCAGUUUUUUAUC